AUGGUGGAUACUUGUCAUCGUACAUUUAUCCAAACUUUCAGAAUGUACAACGCCAAGAGUGAAGCCUCCUGUAAGCUACGGACUUUGGUUGAUAAGGAUGUGUCAAUAGACAGAAAAGGGGAGAAAAAGAGAAGAAAAGGGAGAGGAAAAGGUAAAAGAAAAGAAGAGAAUGAAUUGCAGCUGAGGAAGUGGAAGAGCGAGAAGCGCUUCCAGAUACCAGACUUAACAGGUGGAUUUUUGGGUUUGCUGAAGAAGAAAAAGAAGGAGAAGGAGAAGGAGAAGGAGAAGAAGAAGAGAAGUGUGAUUAACAAGAAAAAAACUUAUUUGGGGGCUAUGAACACCUUGAAUAUUUAACAGAAUAUCAGCUACUCAUCUGUAACCAUUCACUACAUAGCUAAACUUUUAGUAAUAAUGUAGGUAUUCUCUGGCCAAGAGAAAGAUAGGAUGUGU